CAUAAGGGAUGCACCCAAGUCCCCAUGGGCUUCGACUGCUUGGGGCAGCAGAACAUUAAUUUUUUUUUUUCUGCUGAGGUUACCUUGUACAAGCCAGCACUAUCCAAGCAAAUCUCUGCAUGGAAUGGAAUGGAAUUAACAGAGGCCAAGUGCUGAGGAGCAUUAACACACUAAACUUCUGGGAAACAUCAGCACAUCCAUUGGAGAGUGUGAGCUUUUCUCACUUUGUGCUCAGCACCUUCAGCUUCAAGAUCGUUUUCUUGAAGUCAGAAAACGAAACUCUGCCUUCCCUGAGACAGUCAGACAGACAAACAGUGGAACGAAAAAUGCCAGUGAAAUGUUGUUUCCACAGGUCAAACGCUGGGGAAACCAUGGCAUGGUCUGAGUCUGUGGAUACAGUACUGUCCAAUAAAGAGGGCCUGGCAGCUUUUCGGACAUUUUUGAAGUCUGAGUUCAGUGAGGAGAAUGUGGAGUUCUGGCUAGCCUGUGAAGACUUCAAGAAAACCAAAUCCUCCACUAAGAUUGCGUUGAAAGCCCAGAAGAUUUAUUCUGACUUUAUACAAGCUGAUGCUCCAAAGGAGAUUAAUAUUGACUUCCAUACCAAAAACGACAUCUCCCAGAGCAUCUCUGAGCCCACCCUCCGCUGCUUUGAUGCUGCUCAGAGCUCUGUCUACUGUCUCAUGGCAAAGGACUCUUUUCCCAGGUUUCUGAGGUCAGAAGUGUACAAGGAACUGGUGAAGAAGCACCAGGACAGAAAUCAGAAGAGAUGGCUCCCGUUUCUGUGAGGAAAAACACUGAGCCUUUAGGAAUUUAUAAUGUCUCCCAUUGCAAUUCAGUACAGAUAAUUAUUCAUUAUUAAAGGGAUUGCAGAAGCCACUUUCAAGAAU